CUGUGAGUGUGCGCGGAUCCGCGAGCAAGCUAGGCAGCAGCCGCGCUCAGUCCAGCCGCGCGCAGACACGCGUGAAGGGAAGUGACAUCGCCCCCUCGCUUAAAAAAAAAAACCUUUUCGGGAGUUCAGGAUUAGAAAACGUCUUUUGGCUUUGUCUGUUCGUAACCGGGAGAGCUGAGGUUAUUUUUUUUUUCACCGAUAUUUUUUUUCAUUUUUAUUAUUUGUGUUUGUUUGUUUGUUUGUUUUUUCUUUCCCUUGGACUGACAGCGGAGGGUUUCUUUUUUUUUUCGUGGACAUGGGGAGAAGUGGACUAGUAGAUCGCUGGAGGUGGAUGUGCGCCACGCCGGGCGUCCUUCUUCUCCUCCUCCUGGGGUUCUUGCAUGCAGGACUCGGCCAAGCACGAGAAGACGACGAUUUCCUGAGCGAGCUGCCCGAGACCUUCCCGUCCGAUCCGCCCGAGCCGUUGCCGCAUUUCCUGUUCGAACCUGACGAGGGCUACAUCGUCAAGAACAAGCCCGUCAACCUCUACUGCAAGGCCACGCCCGCCACGCAGAUCUACUUCAAGUGCAACAGCGAAUGGGUCCACCAGAAGGAUCACACAGUGGAAGAACGUGUGGAUGAGAACUCAGGUCUGGUUGUGAGAGAAGCCAGCAUAGAAAUAACCCGGCAGCAGGUGGAGGAACUAUUCGGCCCAGAAGAUUACUGGUGUCAGUGCGUGGCAUGGAGCUCCGCCGGAACCACCAAAAGUCGCAAGGCAUACGUUCGCAUCGCAUACCUGAAGAAGUCAUUUGAGCAGGAGCCCCUCGGCAAGGAGGUGUCCCUGGAACAGGAAGUGCUGUUGCAGUGUCGCCCACCGGAGGGCAUACCGGCAGCAGAGGUGGAGUGGCUGAAGAACGAAGAGAUCAUCGACCCAGCGGAGGACAGAAACUUCUACAUCACCAUCGACCAUAAUCUGAUCAUCAAACAAGCGCGUCUUUCGGACACGGCUAACUACACGUGCGUGGCCAAGAACAUCGUGGCCAAGAGACGCAGCACAACGGCCACCGUCAUCGUUUACGUUAAUGGUGGCUGGUCGACGUGGACGGAGUGGUCGAUGUGUAACAGCCGCUGUGGGCGGGGCUUCCAGAAACGAAGUCGCAGCUGUACAAACCCCGCCCCUUUAAACGGCGGAUUGCCUUGUGACGGACAGGCCAUCCAGAAACUAACUUGCACCUCCUUAUGCACCGUGGAUGGCGAGUGGACGGACUGGAGUAAGUGGUCAGCGUGCGGGACGGAGUGCACCCAGUGGAGGAGGCGGGAGUGCAACAACCCGGCGCCCAAAAAUGGCGGGAAGGACUGCGAGGGUCUGGUGCUUCACUCUCAGAACUGCACCGAUGGACUUUGUAUGCAGAGUUCAUUGUUUGAGACGCCCAAAGAAACGAGUGAUGUGGGGUUCACAUCGGCUCCGAGCACGGACGAUGUGGCUCUCUACGUGGGCGUGGUCAUCGCCGUCAUCAUGUGCCUGGUCAUCUCGGUCAUCGUGGCGCUCUUCGUGUACCGCAAGACACAUCGCGACUUCGACUCGGACAUCAUCGACACGUCGGCGCUCAACGGAGGGUUCCAGUCGGUCAACAUCAAGACGGCCAGAUCAGAGCCCCUCCCCAACCUGAAGAUUAAGGUGUACAACUCCUCCAGCCUCGUCACGCCGCAGGACGACCUCGGAGGAGACUUUACAUCCAAGCUCUCUCCCAAGUUGACACAGUCUCUGCUGGAGAACAGCGAAACCAUGAACCUUCGGAACCAGAGCUUGGCCCGCACUCGAGACCCCUCGUGUACCGCGCACGGCUCCUUCAACAACCAGGGAGGACACCUCAUUGUGCCCAACUCGGGAGUGAGUCUGCUGGUUCCGGCGGGCACCGUCCCCCAGGGCCGCGUCUACGAGAUGUAUGUGACGGUGCACAGGAAGGACAGCUCCAGACCACCGGUGGAGGACGUGCAGACUGUGCUGAGUCCGGUGGUAAGCUGCGGACCCCCAGGAGCUCUACUGACCAGACCGGUCAUCCUCACCAUCCACCAUUGUGCUGACAACGUCCACGAGGACUGGCUCAUACAGCUGAAAAACCAACUGUCUAUGGGCGAGUGGGAGGAUGUGGUGGUGGUGGGCGAGGAAAACUUCACCACUCCCUGCUACGUGCAGAUGGACUCGGAAGCCUGUCACAUCCUCACGGAGACUCUGGGCACGUACUGUCUGGUGGGCCAGUCGGUGGGCAAGGCGGCCGCCAAGAGGCUGAAGCUGGCUGUCUUUGGGCCCGUUUCUUGCACCACGCUGGACUACCACAUCAGGGUGUACUGUCUGGACGACACGCAGGAUGCGCUCAAGGAGGUUCUUCAGAUGGAGACGCAUAUGGGAGGCAAACUCCUGGACGAGCCCAAGACUCUCAACUUUAAGGACAGCACGCAUAACCUGAGACUGUCCAUUCAUGAUGUACCGCACCCGCACUGGAAGAGCAAACUUAUUGCCAAAUAUCAGGAGAUCCCCUUCUACCAGGUAUGGAGCGCUAGCCAGAGGAGCCUCCACUGCACCUUCACGCUGGAGAGGAUGAGCUCGGCCGUUACUGAGGUCAGCUGUAAGCUGUGCGUCAGGCAGGUGGAGGGCGAGGGGCAGAUCUUUCAGCUCAGCAACACCCUGGAGGAGGAGCUCCAGUGCAUAGACACUGUUUUUAUGUUGUGGCCUGAGGGACACUUGCUAACCCCUAGCGAGCAUAAAUGGAACAUAGCUUGAAAGACGCUUUGAGGAGUGUUUUUACGGCUUUCAUCCGUCGGGAACGAUCCAAACGAGCUAUGUUGUUGAAAAAUUGGCAUUGUAUGUCGUGGGCUCAUAACGCAAGAUAAGGACAUAGUUGGAGGGAAAACGUUGGCGAUGAAUGCUAACUGCUAGCAUGGUAAACGAAAGCCAGCUCAAACAUGUAUACAUUUACAAUUUUUAAAAAUGCAAGAGACGAAACGACACGGCUACUCAGAGGCCGUGCCGUGUUGCAACUGUUAACCAGAGGUCCUGCCAAGCCACAAUAAGCCCGCCUCCACUCAGAUCCUGUCAUGAAUCGACCGGUUUCACCGAUGCGAGCGUGAAGUGCAGAUGUAUUGAUAUGAGCGGGAGAACAUGCGAACAAUAGAUUCUCCCUUGUUAUUAUUCCUAUUUUUAUUUCAUGAUACUAAUUAUUAUUGAAUGAAUGCAAGCCAUGGCAAGAGAGCCUAUGAGUUACAACUGCAAAAAGCAGUAUUAUUUUUCGUAAUGACGAACAACCAGCAGGGGGUAUAAGAAAGAGGACAAGGCGGCGAUCGCACCACAUGAUUAAUACACCUGUGUUGUUUUUUUUCAAAAUAUGUCAUGGAUUAUUCAUCCAGAGCAAUUUUGGUGUGUUGUCACAUCACCACCAUGUCUUUCUUGAUCUCUAGUGCCAUCCAGUGGCCUUGAUAAAACAGUUUACUUGUCUUUUCAGUUUAAUGACUCAUGUAAAUACAUGAUUGUCAGAUGUUAAGUAAAUUCACAUAUUUUUUCCUCAUUGAAGAUUAUUGUAGUUGUGAUAAUAACUAAUUAUUUGAGUUAGAUUUUAGGUUUUCAAAAAAUGUCCAUGUCACCGCGUUUUUUAUAUUUAUUUUUUUAGAUGAACCCCCAAAAAAGUUAUUUAGAAAUCAAUCUCAAAGCAUGAAUUUAUUUUUUAUGUUUAUUUUUUCCAUAUUUUGGUUGUCAAAAUAUAUUUGAGGCCUUGGGAUUCAUUAUUACAAAAAGAUAUUUAAUGUAUUUAAACAAUAAGAUAAAUAUUUGAAAGAGUUU